CCGCGCUGCCCCACCCGGCCAGGGCUGGAGCGGAGGGAGGGGGCGCGGGCCUCCGGGAGCCCCGCACGUCCCGGUGCACCGGGCCCCAAACUUUCUCCAUCCCACACAGCCGAGGGGGAAAGGACCCGGCCCGGGGUGGGGAGGGCCGCAGGACAGGGCAGCGAGGUCAGGAGGGAGGCCCGUAAGCAUGCGAGGGAGAACCUAAUGAGUUGGUGGUACAGGCCUCUGAAGAUUCCAGAGCAGCUGGCAGGAGUCCUGGCUUAGGAAGGAUGGCAGGGCGGAUACCUGGCCAGCACUGAUGCCGUGAGAGGUCUUCAGGGAUGGAGAGUGGCCUGCCUGGUGACAGCACAGGAGAUGAGCUGGUGAUGAAGAUCAAGCAAGAGAAGCCAGAGUGGCUGCUGCAGACACAGGCCGUGCUUCCCGAGAAGGACAAGGAGAACAUUUUCCAGCAGCAUCGGGGCCUCCUGCCAUGCCAGACCAUGGGGCGACCUCGGGGUCUGGGGACACAAGAAGAGACUGGGGGUCCAAGGUGGGCUCCUCCCACUGAGCAGGAUGGGCUGCUGGCAGGCCGGGCUCCCGGGGCUGCCCCUGGCCCUCUGAACCCCACACUUUCUGCUGGAGAGGGUCACUUUGUGUGCGUGGACUGCGGGAAGAGGUUCAGCUGGUGGUCGUCCCUGAAGAUCCACCAGCGCACCCACACCGGAGAAAAGCCGUAUCUCUGCGGUAAGUGCGGCAAGAGCUUCAGCCAGAAACCCAACCUGGCCCGCCACCAGCGGCACCACACGGGCGAGCGGCCCUUCUGCUGCCCGGAGUGUGCAAGGCGCUUUAGCCAGAAGCAGCACCUACUCAAGCACCAGAAGACCCACUCUCGGCCCGCCACCCAUGCGUGUCCUGAGUGUGAACGUUGCUUCCGCCACCAGGUGGGCCUCCGCAUUCACCAGCGCGCACACGCCCGGGACCGCCAGGGCUCCCGCGCUGGUCUGCAUGAAAUGCUCCGGGAGGCCGCUGUACGACGGGCCUGCCGCCUGCGGCCCGGGACACCACGGGGCCGCCCAGAGUGGGCCUGGCUGGGGCUCUGCCAGGGCUGGUGGGGCCAGCCUGGGGCCCGGACCUCCGUCCCUGGCCCCUCGGGGCCCGGAGAACAGCGCCAGUUCAUCUGCAAUGAGUGCGGCAAGAGCUUCACCUGGUGGUCCUCGCUGAACAUCCACCAGCGCAUCCACACGGGCGAGCGGCCCUACGCGUGCCCCGAGUGUGGCCGCCGCUUCAGCCAGAAGCCUAACCUGACGCGGCACUUGCGCAACCACACCGGGGAGCGGCCGCACCCGUGCCUGCACUGUGGCCGCAGCUUCCGCCAGAAGCAGCACCUGCUCAAGCACCUGCGCACGCACCUGCCCGGCGCCCAGGCUGCGGCGUGCCCCAGCUGUGGGCAGAGUUGCCCUAGCCGAGCGGCGCUGCGGGCCCACCAGCGUGCGCACGCCGCUGCCGAGCGCCGGAGCCCUGGGCCUGGCGUCCAGGACCCGGAGCCAGGUGCAGAGCCACAAGCUGAGGCCCCUCAGGACUUGGCUGUGCAGCCCUGCAGUCCCCAGACGCCACAGGGGGGUGGGGCCGCACCUUGGGGCCGAGGGCGCGGGGGCCUGGCCGGGCCUGGGGAGCAGCGCCAGUUCAUCUGUAACGAGUGCGGCAAGAGCUUCUCGUGGUGGUCGGCGCUCACCAUCCACCAGCGCAUCCACACCGGCGAGCGGCCCUACGCGUGUCCCGACUGCGGCCGCCGCUUCAGCCAGAAGCCCAACUUGACGCGGCACCAGCGCAACCACACGGGCGAGCGGCCGUACCAGUGCUCCGCCUGCGGCCGCGGCUUCCGUCAAAAGCAGCACUUGCUCAAGCACCAGCGCGUCCACCGCGGAGCCUUGUCGCCGCACCCCGGCCCCCAGGAGGAGGCGCUGUAGUGCACCGGCGCUGCGCACUGCAGAGGAGAUUGUGUGUGGUGUGUGUGGGGACAGGGAUAGCCUGAAAACUGGCUCUUAACAGGUCCCUCCUGAGACCCCAUCAAAAGGCAGUACCUUGAGGCUCCGAGCCCCGGAGAACAGCAUUCCAGAAGUAUCCCAAUUCCAAAGGGUGCCUGAAAAAGUGCCCAGGGUGUGUUGAGGGAGGAAUUAAGAUCAGCACUCCUCACCCAGGAGCCUGGACGAGUUGAUGAUGGGCUGCUCCCGUCUGUACCCCAGGCCUUAGGAACCGAAUGAAGGGGCUUUUUGGCACCCUCCAGAGGCGAGAAAUGUUCCCAGGGUUGGUCAGCUGUAGCACUGGCCUGUCACACCUGGGCUGCACCAUGACCAGGGGGCUGUCCCUAUGGUAGAGUAGAGACAGACUCCAGAAUACCAGGAAAGGAGCAGAGGUGGUGGAUAGGAGGGGACAAGCAUAACCCCAGCACCAAAGCUAGUGCCACAUUUAGUGGCAUCCAAUAACUAUUUCUGGAGGGACUGGGGGGCUUGGUCCUUCUCCAACUCUGAGUGAGUCCUGGGUGUGGCUGGCCUGGCCCUUGAACUGGCAUAUGCGUGAUGGUCAGGGACGGGAGUGCAAGUGGAUGAUCUCAGCUGAGAUUUGGCCACUUGGGGAGGUGACUGUGCUGGAGGGAGCCACCAUCUUGCUUCUGCUUCUGUCCCCAAGUGGGUGGGUGGCUGUUACUGACUUGGAUCUUAUCCCUCCUGGGGUUGCAGAAGAGAAAAAUGAAGAACUGAAUAUUC